CGGAGGGGGCGGGAGCGCAGGAACCGGCGCAGCCCCGGGGCCGCCGCUGAGGAGCCGCCGCCGCUCCGAGCGGGGUCUGCGGGCUCGCCCCGCCCGGCGGGACCCCCGGCAUGGCCUCGGGCAAGGCGGCGGGGGAGCGGCGCUGGGAGCUGGUGCGCUGGUACGUGCGAGAGGGCCGCUUCCGCAUCGAGGAGAGGACGCUGACGGCUUUCCAGUGGCUCUACUCGCCCCAGCAGCACCGCAUCGUCAGCAGGGCAGACCUGGGCUCCCCCAGCAGGAUCGACAAGACGAUGCUGGCCAGCCUGAAGAUCAAGAAGCAGGAGCUGCUGAACAGCACGGAUGUGGCCGUCCCGGAGCGGCCGCUGUCCCCCCCGCUGACGGCGCCCCCGACCAUGAAGUCGGCAGAAUUCUUCGAAAUGCUGGAAAAAAUGCAGGCACCAAAACUGGAAGAACAGAGGUCUGGAAGCCAAAAACACAAGGAAGACUACAUCCCGUACCCCAGCAUCGAUGAGAUCCUGGAGAAGGGCAGCCCAUACCCACUGAUCAUCCUGCCCCAGUUUGGGGGCUACUGGAUAGAAGACCCAGAAAACCUUGGCACGCCCACCUCAUCUGACAGCAGCAUCUGCGAGGAGGAGGAGGAAAACCUCAGCCCCAGCACCUAUGGCUACAAGCUGGAGUGCAAGGGAGAGGCCAGAGCCUACCGCAAGCAUUUCCUGGGGAAGGAUCAUUUAAAUUUCUACUGUACAGCCAGCAGCCUUGGAAAUCUGAUCCUUUCUGUUAAAUGCGAGGAGACAGAUGGCACAGAAUAUUUAAGGGUUAUACUCAGGUCUAAAGUGAAGACACUUCAUGAAAGAAUCCCAUUGGCAGGAUUCAGCAAACUCCCGAGUAUUCCCCAGAUUGCAAAGGCCUUCUGUGACGAUGCCUCUGGGCUGAAGUUUAACCCGGUUCUCUACCCCAAGGCAUCCCAGAUGAUAGUGUCCUAUGAUGAGCAUGAGGUCAACAACACGUUCAAGUUUGGUGUGAUCUAUCAGAAGUUCAGGCAGACACAAGAGGAGGAGCUCUUUGGCAAUAAUGAAGAGAGCACUGCCUUCAAGAACUUCUUAAGUUUUCUGGGAGACACCAUAACUCUCCAGGACUUCAAAGGUUUUCGAGGAGGCCUGGAUGUCAGCCAUGGGCAGACGGGAGUGGAGUCUGUGUACACGGUGUUCAGGGACAGGGAGAUAAUGUUUCAUGUCUCCACCAAGCUGCCUUUUACCGAAGGAGACACACAACAACUCCAGAGGAAGAGGCACAUUGGCAACGACAUAGUGGCAAUUAUCUUCCAAGAGGAGAACACACCAUUCGUGCCAGACAUGAUUGCCUCCAACUUCCUGCACGCCUACAUCGUGGUGCAGGUGGAGAACCCUGAGGCAGACAAUACAGUGUACAAGGUGUCAGUCACAGCCCGGGAAGAUGUUCCCUCCUUUGGCCCACCCCUGCCGAGCCCGCCGGUGUUCCAGAAGAGCCCCGAGUUCCGGGAGUUCCUGCUGACCAAGCUCAUCAAUGCUGAGAACGCCUGCUGCAAGUCCGACAAGUUUGCCAAGCUGGAGGACCGGACACGGGCUGCCCUGCUGGACAACCUGCACGACGAGCUGCACGGGCACACGCAGACCAUGCUGGGGCUGGGGCCCGAGGAGGACAAGAUGGAGAAUGGCGGUCACGGAGGCUUCCUGGAGUCUUUCAAGAGAGCCAUCCGGGUGCGCAGCCACUCCAUGGAGACCAUGGUGGGCAGCCAGAAGAAGCACCAUGGCAGUGGCAUCCCAGGCAGCCUCAGCGGGGGCAUUGCCCACAACAGCGGCGAGGUGACCAAGACCACCUUCUCGCCCCCUGUCCCAGCUGUUGCUGCCAAGAACCAGUCCAGGAGCCCCAUCAAGCGCCGCUCAGGGCUGUUCCCCCGCCUGCACACGACAUCGGAGAGCCAGGCGGAGAGCAGGACAAGGUGCGACAGUGUUUCUGGAGCCCAGAAGACACCAGAUUUGGGACAUUCUUCCCAAGAGAUGAAAUCUGAAACCUCAUCCAAUCCCAGCUCCCCUGAAAUAUGCCCCAACAAAGACAGGCCUUUUAUCAAGCUGAAAGAGAACGGGCGGUCGAACAUCUCCCGUUCCUCCUCCAGCACCAGCAGCUUCAGCAGCACGGCGGGGGAGAGCGAGACCCUGGAGGAGUACGACAGCGUGGGGAGCCAGCCCUCCACGGCGUCACCGUUCAAGCAGGAGGUGUUUGUGUACAGCGCUUCGCCCGGCAGCGACAGCCCCGGCGCGGGGGCCGCGGCCACCCCCGUCAUCAUGAGCAGGAGCCCCACAGCAGAUCUAAAGAACAGAAAUUCUCCAAGGUCCAACCUGAAGUUUCGCUUUGACAAGCUCAGCCAUGGCAGCUCCAGCCUGAGCCACUAGCAGGAGGAAGUCAUGAGCUUGUCACAGAAUGUUUCAACAAAGGGAAAAAUCUUCAACACCCCAUGGAGCUCACACGCCCGGGCCAUGGGCAGCGAGGUGCCCUCGCCUGCACACCAGAACAGAGCUCUCACCUUGCUGCAGCCCUGUCCUGACAGGGACAGCCACCUUCUCACCCUGCGCUGUGCAGCACAGCCCCGUGCCCCUCUGUGUGCAGGAGGGGACUGUCCCUGCCUGUGCUGCACUCCUGGCCAGGGCCGUGUCCCCUUCUGGUCACCCUGUGCUUGCCCAGUGUGCCGCAGCUGGUGGCACUGUCCAUCCCCCUGUCCCUGGGUUGCCUGGCAGCUCCUUCUGGGCAGAGGGGCAGCAGGAGAGACCUCCACAUAGUUUAGGUCCCUGCAUGCUUUACUUGCAGUUACCAGUGGGGAAACAGGGGUUUAUGUUUGUUUUUUGAAGGGUGGGGUCAGGCCAUGGUUAGGUGUUAGUGGCUCUGGGGCAGUUUGCCCUCCAUCAUCGUUUGCUGUUGCUCUUCUCUGGGGACAAUGGGGCAGAACCUCCCAGGGGGGUCCUGGGCAGCUCUCCCUGGAGUGGGGUCUGCAGGGUCCCUCCAGCCAUCCCCCAGCUCCUGCCUACACCCCAAAACUCUUGGGGCAGAGGCAGCCCCUCGCUCCAGACCUGCUCAGUUUCUUGUACGCGAGGCAGUGAGUGACUUGGCCCAGGGAGGGGAGCUGGGGACAGAGCCAGCUCAUCCUCCUUGGCAGGUUCAUCCUGCCUGCUUUGUCCCUGCCUGACACUGGGCACAGGCCUGGGAAAGGUGACCCAAAGCUGUGCUGUAUUACGGCUUUAGCUUUUCUUAGUGCUAGAACUGGAACCAGAGGGGAUUUACCUGGUGGGCUCUGCUUUUCCCUAUGGCUUGGAUCACCAGGCAGGAAAAUGCAUAAAACUCUGGUGAUUUCGGAGGCAUUAGGCUGCUCCAGCCCUUACAGAGUCUGUCCUGCUGCUUUUGAGCAAACUCUUGUUAUUAUGAAAGGAUUAUAGAUUCUGCAAGGUAACUCUCCGAUAAUGCCCUUUCCCAGAAAAUACCUCUCUCAAUAUGCCAAGAAAUCCUUUUGCUCUUUUAUGGAGCUUCAUGUGAAGUUUCCUGAAGCCUGUCCGUAAAUUUCACAUUGCCCAUAGAUUUCCCUUACCCAUUUUCUGGAAGACAGGCCAUGAUGCUGCAGAGAUAUCCCCCCUGUCCCCCCAGCCUGUGACCUUUGGACACCCUCAUGAAAUCAGGUUCUCAGUCUCAAGUGAACGCAGUUCUUCAGGUUUGUGAUUCCUACUGAGAGCAGGACUUUGAGUGCCAAAGCCGCCUUCCCCCGUGGGAGCGCCAAGAGCACAAAGCGCCUGGCAGAGGUUUCAGAGGGGCAGAGCUGUGCUCCCGGAGCAGCCCUGGCUGUGCCUGCUCCUGCUCCCCUCUCCGGGGCCACUGCUCGUGGGGUUCAGCCACCACCUGCCCUCCUGCUGUCAUCUCCCUGGCCAGAGGCGAGCCCAGGCCAGCAGGACGUGCUCUGCUCACCCUGCUCCUGCAGGGAGGUGCUCUCCAAGAGCCUUAGACCCGGUUCACACAGGUGCUGGAAUUAAUCCAUGGGGAAGGCUCUGAUGUAGCUAUGAUGGCGGGGGGGAACCAAGUUAAAGAAGGAGAACAGUUGUGAAAAGGCAGGGAACAGUUUCACCGGCCCUAAGUGCUGUGUAGGACUAGUAAAUACCAAUAACUCCCGUGGGGAUGCUCCCUCCUGCUCCCAGCCAGCUGCAUUUCAAUAGGGUUUAAGCCUACAGUUUCCUUUGGAAGGGGAGCAUGCCGUGUGCUCAGCCCAGCCCGCAGCUGUAGGUGUCUCAGGAUCACACAUUUGCUGCUCAGCGCUUGUCUGAUGAUGCUUCAGUAGCACUUUCAAACCCACCCCCAAUUUGCCUCUUAGAAGCUUUGGUCUGAUUUCCUGAGGCUGCACAGUGAAACACUGACUGGUGCAAUGACUUGCUCCCAGGGUCUGCUCUGGGGUUUUUUUCCUCUGAGAAGUCACUCGGUUCUGUAGAUGUUGUCAUUCCUGUGGGUGUUGAUCUCCGUGAGAUCUUUCAGCAGAUGAUGCAGUGGCUACUGUCAGCUGGUUUGCCAUUUUUGGUUGUUUUGUUGCUUUCUUUUUUUUUUUUUUUUCAAUUGAAACUGUGGCUUUCUUUUUUGACCUAGAUAGAUUUGGGAAUUAUUCGAACGGGACUAACAGGCAGAGAACAGUGUGAAGCCUCAGGGAGGGUUGCAGUGCUCUGGGCUUCUCUCCCUGCCCGCGCGCCGGAGCAGCGCUGGCGCCGGGUUUGGCUCCUGGGUGCGUUUCCUUAGCACUCCUCGCCAGGGGAUGGAGCCCGCUGUGUCCCCUCCAGCAGCGGGGUCCCCUGCCCUGCCCUGCCCUGCCCUGCCCUGCCCCGCUCCUGCCGCAUCCCGGGCACUUCCGCGCUGCCAGCGGCCGUGCAGGUGCUCCUGUAGAUAUCUUGCAAAAUGUUUUGUGCUCUUAAGUGACACUUACACAUCUAUACAUAUAUGAAAGGGAUAUAUAUAUAUAUAUGUAUAUGUAUAAAAUAUAUAUAUUUAUAUAUAUAAAGGAAAGGAUCCUUAACUGACACUAGAAUUACUGGGCAGUGCAUUUUCCUUUCUGAUUCCACUGUUUCCAUGCACACAGCUUCUGUCCUCCUCACAAGUGACAUGGCAGAGGGAGCAGAGGGGGCUCAGAAAUGCCUUAGGGGGGUGAUGGGGCAGCCCCCGCUGUGCGGAGGCGUCUCUGGGGGUCUCUGACCCCUCUGCAGAGGGGUCCCUGUGGCUGGGGGUCUCUGUGGCUGGGGGUCUCUGGGGGUCUCUGUCCCCUUGCAGAGGGGUCCCUGUGGCUGGGGGUCUCUGGGGGUCUCUGACCUCCUCUGCAGAGGGGUCCCUGUGGCUGGGGGUCUCUGGGGGUCUCUGUCCCCUUGCAGAGGGCUCUCUGUGGCUGGGGGUGCUCCCCCUGUGCCUGCUGGUGCUGCAGCCCCUCGCUCGGCCCAGCCCAGGUGCAGCUGCACCCCUGGGGCCGCUGCUCCGGGUCCGGUGCGGGACCUUUCCCUGCGGGGGCAUCGCCUCCGCCGGGGCCGGUGCGCGGCUGCCCCGGGCUGGCACAGCCCUGCCCUGCCCUGCCCUGCCCUGCCCGGGCUUCCCUUCGGCAAAGCGCUUGGCACGCACUCGCAUCGUCUCCAAAGCGCCCAGAGCCGAAGCACAACAGGAAUUGCUUUUUGUGAGGGAAGCAGGGCAUCGCAAGCACAAACUCCGUUUCUUGCCCGAGCUCUGAGGGUCCCCGGGAGCGGCAGGCGAGGGCCCCGGGCUGUUUGCGCCGCCGGGGGCUGUGCCGGGCGGCUCCCUCGGCUCGGGCGGUGCCGGUGCCCGGCGGGUCCCGCUCUGUCGCUGCCCCGCUCGGCCCUGCCCGGCCCCGCAUGCUCCCACCGCCCCGGUGAAUGUAGCGCUGCAAAGGGAACGCUGCGCUUGCAGCAGAGAAUGCGAGGAGAGUUUAUAGAGUGACUAUGAAUCCUGGAGAAAUGUAUCUGACAAAGUUUAUUUUUGAUGUAGAGAGGCAGUGCUUUGUAGUUUCUGGUGACCUAUGUCUGUUGUAAAUAAUGUAUAUUUAAUUUAUUGCUAUGGUAGCAGAUUGUUAUGUAUAAAACUAAAGGUUCACAAAUGUAUAUUUUGUUGCUUAAAUGUGUCUUUGCAAAAUUCACAAUAAAUAACAUAUUUUGUGUCCA